AUGCCUGAAGGGCCGGCAGAUCCCUACGACAAGGGCGUCGCCUUCCGCGGACGCGUCCUUAUCGGCGUCGGAGCCAAGCCGGGAAACGUCGAGAAGCCAUUCCUUCGGCCAUGUCCGCCGCCUCCGCGACCGAAACUCGAGUUUUACAAGAUGGAAUUUUCCGUCUUACGUGCGACCGAGCUCCCGCUCUUGGAUGGAUGGUCCGUCUCCGUCAGGGGUCGGAUUGGCCUGUACGAAUUCGGGACCACCAUUCCAAACGCAGUCGUUCAAAACUGCUGUGUCAUCUGGGAUGAAAAAUGUGCCGUCUCUAUUCCCAACAUGCAAUUCCCAGAGGAUGUGGAACAAAUUCCGGAUUUUUUCGUGACCAUCUCAGCCCGAAAGCCGUCCACAGUCGAAGAGUUGGAGGAGAAACAAGCGGCCGAGGGGCGGAGGGCGACUAUUGAUCCUGAUGGCAAUCGCUCUGCGGAUGAAGCUCUAGGAAACACGGAAUAUGGGACCAUCGCAGAGCCAGCGGAAAGAGUGUCUAUUACGGAGAAGAACAAGGAGUUUUUGCAUAAUCCACUGGACGCAGGCGGUUUUGACGCCUCGAACUUACCCAAAGCUGAUGACCCCGCGACAAGGAGAACGCCCUCUCACAUCCCUGAUUCUAGUGUCGAAAAGGGGUCCUCAAACAGUUUUUGGACUGCAACUGCAUUCCUCCGGCUUCCUGCAAAGCACUUGAUCUGUGGUCAAAAGGACCCCAGAUGGCUGUUCAUGGACUACCCGGGAAACAAUGUACUCGACUCGGGCGAUAACAAAGUUCCAGGUAGUAUCUUGAUGUCCGCCUCACUGUCGCGCUACGACCCAAUACAACAGCAGCAGCAGCAAGCCGCGGGGGAGGACCGAACUACGACUGCCCCUCAGAAUGUGAGUAGCACGACACUCGAUAUCGAAAAACGGUCGUCGCUGAAGAAGAAAACCGCCCCGUCCCCUACGGCAUCCAAGCAGGUUGUCAUUGAUGAAGAACAGGAAGCAGAGCUUGUCGAUGCUUCCGAUGGUACAAAGAUCUCUCCAGGGGUUGGUGACACAUCUCGUCGGGGACGAGAUACUUCGCUCGUGGCCAGGGCGACGACUCGAUCUGAUUCUGUUGUAAAACCGCACACAUAUUCCAUCCCGCUAGGAUAUGAGCGGUCCUACACGCUUCGUGCCUUGAUUCUUCAGGGACGAAAUCUUCCAGCUGCCGACGAAACUGGACUCUCAGAUCCGCGUGUCGUUGUUUCGAUGGGUGACAAGAGUGAGUAUGGACAGGUGUUUUGCAAACAAACUGUUUCUCCCUCCUGGGAAGAGCUCAUUGAAGUCAAAGACAUCAAGAUCCGGGACGGCGAACGGAAACCGAACGUCAACAUUCUCAUCUAUGACUACGAUGGUGAGGAUAUACCGAUGGCGUAUUUGGGACGGUCCAUUAUUCCUUGUGCCGAACUGGAUUCUGCACCUCCGACUCUGGAGCAUUCCGAAUGGUAUCCCGUGUUUUCUGUGAAUCCAGGCGUGAUAGUUGGAGAAGUGCUGGCUGACUUCCAGUUGAUCCCGUCUGAGUUUGCAAUUGCUCACCCCAUGCGACCCUUUGACCCGCCCGACAGGACCGAAUCAGGGCUGCGUAUCUCACUGGUCGGUCUUCGCGAUGUGAAAUUCUUGCAAUACGCCGCAGGAGACAUAUUUGUCGAGUGCGCCGUUUCCAGCGAUUCAGUCAAGCCGGUUCGAUCAAAACGUGGAACUAUUCUUCAACGGCGAGCCUUUGAAGCUAACUGCAACAUUCUGGAUGUCCUCGUCCUCGAAAUCAAGGUCCCUGAAGAUCUUCGUCUGGCACCCGCGUUGAGUGUUUACGUAUAUGCUGAGUACAAUCAGUCGCAUGCACCAGACAUGAUUGCCACAGCAGUUAUCCCUCUAGAGAAAUGGUUAUUCGAACACCAUCGCAAGCUCCUGACCGGGGAAUCCCUGAUCGAUGAUUCCUUUGGAACAGAUGCGCUUGUCCCUGAACGCCUACAUGCAAGCAGCAACAAUUACAAGUUUCGACGCAAUGCGAGAUUGGCAGGAGAGGAGCCUGUCGGGGCGUCUCUUCGACUGCAUGAGGUGAAGUCGCAAGAAAGAGGCGAACGAAAGAAUAUAAUCGUUCUGCAGGAAAACAAAGACAUCUUGCGUGUAGGAUUCAGUGCCAAGGAUGAGACAAGCAAGGUGAAGAAAGCCGUAGCAGAGGGUAACGCACUUGGAGACAAGGUCUUUUCGAUGCUGGCCCCGCUUCGAGCCAUGAAAUAUCAAAUAGCAGACACGUUGGCCGAUUUGAUGCCCGAUGUUUCCAUGGCACUGGGUGUUGAGGUUGAUGAGGACGUUCCCCUUUCAGCGCUUCUUGGAGGGGAAGAGGAUAAGAUUGAUUAUGACGGGACCAUGUAUCUCAAGAAAGACAGAGGCUACUGCCCGAAAGAACUGGAGAGUGAUUUCUCCGAACCAGCAUAUGGAGAGUUUCUCAUGUUUCGUGGUGACAAUCGCUCACUUGGCAAUACGAUCGGACGAAUUGCCGAUGCCGCGCAGAUGGCGCAAGGUAAUCAGGCAUUUCCACCCCCAAUCUUGCCGCUUGAGGAAUUGACCAGCACCGCAUCCUUGUUGAAGAAGGAAAAACGCAGAGCGGCCUUGGAAGGGGCUCGCCCCGCCGUCGGAAAGCUCAAGGCACGCCUCGAUUUGGUUGAAAUGGAUAAGAAGGAUGACCUUGCUGCGAAAAUGGUUCGCUUCACAUCCCUGCGUUCAUUUGGUCGCGUGUUUAUCCCGACCGAGGUCGUUGUACGAGUGUACAUUCUCCGAGGAAUCAACCUUCAGCAAGUCGGGUCCCAAUGUAACCCGUAUCUGACAGCCAAGUUUUACGGAGGAUAUCCCGAUUAUCACACGCAGAAGCAUGAGCCAAUCGAAGAUGAUGACAAUCCCAACUUUUUCGAUAUGUUUGAAAGCCGGGUGAAGAUGCCUGGUGGAUCGGUUCGCAUAGAAGUGAAGGACCGCGUCUUGCCAGAGGUAACGGUACCUUUGUCGUAUCCAAUGUACUUGAAGGACGAAGGAAAGGCCCGAUUUGGGAUCAAGCAUACAGAUGUGCCAGUCAACAUCGGAAAACUUGGAUUUGGAUGGUCUGCACCAAUUGGAGAAACAGUUAUAGACCUUGAUGCACGGUGGUACAACUCAUCCUGGAGAUAUCUCGCUCGAACGCCUGUGGAGAGGCGGUCCCUCUACUCGGAUGGUUCUGCGAACCUGAAGGGUCAGCUGGAAUGCUUUGUUGAUAUAUUUGAUGCCAAGGACGUCGACAAACGACCAAAGCUUUACAGACCAGUGCCAAUCAGCAGGCCGCCGCAAGAGUUGUACGAAUUAAGACUGGUAGUGUACAAGAUUCAAGAAUGCACGCUGCCCUACAAAUUGAGGGGCAACGAUCCUAACGUGCUCGCAGCAUUCUACGUCCAAGCACGUCUGGGAAAUAAGCCAGAACAUGAGAAGAAAACUCCUCCCUGCAAGUAUGUGGCAGAUGGCAUUGCUGAGUUCAACUGGAGAAUGAAAUGGAACAUCAAUUUGCCGUCGCUGGACAUCAAGCCACGACUUAAGCUGCAAGUAUUUGACGAUACAAGCCACGGACUUGGAGAUGAUCAACUGUGCGCCACUGUCGAUAUCAAGCUAAGGUCAUUAUUUGAUGACCUUGUUGUGAACAAGAAGCCGAUCAUCAAGAAGAAACAAUGGCUGUGGAUGGAGCAUCCAAACUAUCCGGACGUGCAGUCACAAAUACAGGUUUCUCUUGAAUUGACAACUAAGCAAGCAGCGGCAAAGAAGAAAUGCUUCAGCGGCAAUGACGGGUACAAGGAUACGCAACAUCAAGACUACGUGUUGCCGCCUCCCUUCCAACCGGCUGCAUUCUCUCUAUACAAUCCUGUGCCCUACUUCAACUAUUUGAUAAUCAGCUCAAUCAAGAAUUUGCAAUGGCAACUGGCUACGGUCUUGCUAAUUUUCCCUUUCAUGCCCAUGUUUGUACAGUUUGUGUUCAUGUUGACACCGUGGCAGUGGUAUGCAGCCGGUGGAGUGAGCGGGCUUCUUGUGUUUAUUCGAUUACUAUUGGUGGAUUCGGCCAGAGCGACACGGCUACAUGCAGAGCAGCAAGCGGCCAAAGUCGUGAUAGAGGAGGAAGAAGAAGAAGAAGAAUAGUAGCAACGGGGUUUGCCAAUGGCAGGUAGUAGUUGUUCCGAGUGUGGGUGCUGGAAUAUUGUAUUUUGAUAAUUUGUAUCGUAGUGUCUAGAGAAGUGAGCGAAAAUGCUAAAGGCUUGUUAUGUUUUU